AUGGACAGUUAUACAAACUCGUGAGGUUUCUAUAAAAAAUCUCGGCUGAUGGCCUUGAUUUGCGCUUAGUUCUUAUAACCAUGGGUCUCUUAACACUAGAGAAACCUUGAAGUGUUAGCUCUAGUUCCAAAAGGAUCGCAAAAAUGCAAUUUGUUCGAAAGCUUGUUGGUAAAUCCGGGCGACCGGUUCCGAACAUUCAUCAAUCGAGCGAAGAUGAAGCUUUAUCGUUGCGACAUUUACGAAAGCUGUUCAUGGAAUUCCUUCAUUCACCUGUGCCACUAACUGUUCCUGAACAAGAGUCUAAGCUGUAUAUGAUGCUGCCUUUGUUUUGCAAAGUGUUCGGCCACGCUAAACCCAGUUGUAUAACAGAGAAAUUUGGAGAUGUUUGUCAAUUCGCCGCGCACGUCUCUCGGCUUAUGGUGAACGAAAUUCGACGAAGAGCAGCGAAUCAACAAAAAGAAACAGCUAGUAGAAUGAUCAUUGAAUUUCUUAUGCGUGAUUCUGCGGAGGAUACUGUAUCUGGAUGGACUCUGUUGAACACGCUGAAUAUUCUUGCUUCGGCAGAUACCCCAGUAGUGGAAUGCAUGGUGGCCGCGAGUUUGCCUUCAAACAUGGUCAAAUGUCUUUACUUAUUCUACGAUUUACCCCCAAUAGAACAAACUAGUGACAAGAGUAGUGAAGAUAUGGAAGAUGAUGCUAUAACAAUUCAAAAGUUGUACACUCAAGUGCUGGUAAAAUUAUGCAAUUAUCACGCGACUUCCAGGGAACUUGUUCACACAGACGAUCUGGCGUUGCUCUUUACUGCAAUAUCGUGCCCGAUCCCAAAACAUAAUGCGCAGUGGCGAAGUUGUGUGUCGGAAAUUCUGAUGAGUUUAUUUCGCCAUGGUUUGGACCGAGACGUAGUGCAUUAUAUUCACAGCAAGUCAUGCUUUAAACAAUGUCUGAUGAACAUGCGGAAAAUCCAAGAAGUAAAUCCUUUGGAGUUGGUAGAAAUGAUUGUAACACUGGUUUGUUGUCUCAAAGACUCAUCAGCAAUUUCUCAUUAUUUAUUGGCUGAUUUUCGAAGUUGUCAUGGCUACCUUUUCCUGUCAGAACUGCUUUUAAUGCUAGGAGAGAUGACAGAGAAUGAAGCUCGUGAAGCCUGUAGGAAUGUUGUUCUUCUUGUGUCAUCGCUAGUCAUGAUUGGUCAUGUCACAUUGGGACCUCUUGUCAGUAUUGGUGCCCCAUUCCAGGAUCCUGAAUUUGAAAUUCCGAAACCAAUUGGUGGAGGCAGCAGCGUCAGAAAUAUUGAGGCUUUUCAAGUUCUGCAAACUGUGUUCCUUAAGACAACUGACAAGCUCCUCUGUCUAAAUAUCCUGGAUUGCAUUAAGAACAUCUAUCGCUCAGACAACGCAAAUUUUUUUAUUCUGGAACCGCAGCAUACAUUGUCGUUAUUUGUUGAAAAAGCUCCGGAGAAGGACAUUGAAGUACAGGAAAGAAUUUUCCAAUUACUGGAACUGGUGAUUUGUAAUCUCAAUUGGGUACCAUGCCCGGAGCUGAUCUCUGUCAGCAUUCUUUACAAGAACAAGAAGGUCUCUGGCUGUCAUCAAGUUGCUCUUUGUUUUCUUAUUCGCAUUUUGAGCUUUGAUCCCAAGUAUAAAGAUGUGUUCAGGGAUGUAGGAGUUUUAGAAGUUUUGACAAACUGUCUUAAGCAAUAUGCUGAUGGGUUGAAGGAAAAAUAUGACGAAACAGUCAAGACAGCCAUCAGCCAGCUAGAUGUGAAUGGUUAUGAUGAUUCUGAAAAUGUUCCUGAUUUUCCAUUCCUGUUGAUGGGAUGCCUAAGACUACUCUUGGAAAAUAACCCCAAAAAUGCCACAAUGUUCAGAGAAUGUGGAGGAGCUCGCUGUGUCCACAACAUUGUGCCAUACUCAAGCUCAAGGACAGAGUCUUUGAAGAUUAUCAGAGAGUUGAUUUUAAGUGGUGGAAAUGAUGAUCUUG